AACAUUUUAUUUUCGCUAGGUUCACGCUGCUCCAGGCAGGAAGUUUGUGUCUCAGUCUAAAAAGAUGGCGGGCGAGGUGUAUUUAGCGUCGUUUGUGUCUUUGUUGCAAAUGCUCUCGACCUUUGGAGCAGAGUUGUCCUCCGAGGCAUGCCGGGACAUGGGCUUCUCCAGUAACCUCCUCUGCAGCUCCUGUGACCUGUUGGGCCAGUUCAACCUGAAUCAACUUAAUCCAGUGUGUAGGCAGUGCUGUCAGGAAGAGGUGCAACUUGAGUCCAUUAAGCACUACCCUGGUGCAAUUUUGGAAGUCUGUGGAUGACGACUGGGAAGGUUCCCUCAAGUCCAAGCAUUUGUCAGAGGUGACAAGCCAAAGACGUUCAAGGGUCUACAAAUAAAGUAUGUCAGAGGCUCAGACCCUGUGCUCAAGCUGCUGGACAACAGUGGGAACAUCGUUGAAGAGCUCAGCAUCCUCAAGUGGAACACCGAUAGUGUAGAGGAAUUCCUGAGUGAAAAGUUGGACCGUAUAUAAAAGCCCAGUUUUUCCUUUUGAUAAAAUGUAAAGUCAUGCAAGAUGUGA